UCGAAAUUGCAGCAGUCUCCUCUUUACUAUACAUAAUGAAUACUUUCUCAGUCAGAGCUUUCAUUCCCCCGCUGUCUCGCCGGUGCAUACCGCUUCGGGCGACGCGUCAAUAUGCCGUGCAAGCUUCCGGCGCUCCAACGCUUGAGAUAUUUAGUCACCAACAGAAAUGGAUGCAAAAAGAGCGCGCUGCAACAGACACCGAAGCUAGUAGAAGAGUUGAUUAUCUCAGAGAUGAAGCUGCGUCUCGGUUGUGCGAACGACUUAUGGAUAUCAACCGUCAUUUCCCGCACGUACUCGAUCUAGGUGCGAAUGCAUGCAAUAUUGCCCGAAUGCUGACCCUCCCUUCCGAGGACUCACCCUCCGCUGGCCCACGAUCGAAAAGCGUAUCAAAGAUCACCUCAGCAGACUCGUCUGAGACCCUUUUAUACAGGGACUCUGAUCUGCCGUUCAACAUGGAGGUCGAUAUCCACCGAGAAGUCUUAUCCACCUCCGAGAACCUGCCCUAUGAGGCAAACACUUUCGAUGCUGUACUCAGUAGCUUAAGCUUGCAUUGGAUCAACGAUCUACCAUCCGUUCUCACACAGGUGAAUAACAUCUUGAAACCAGACUGUCCAUUCAUUGGUGUCAUGAUGGGUGGUGAUAGCCUUUUUGAGCUCAGAACAUCUCUACAAUUAGCCGAGCUGGACAGGAGAGGAGGCGUCUCCACGCAUACGUCUCCUUUAGCUGAUGUGAGGGAUGUUGGCGGACUGCUACAACGUGCUGGGUUCAACCUUCUCACUGUUGACGUUGAUGACAUUGUUGUUGACUUCCCGGAUACAUUCUCGAUGAUGAAAGACUUACAGACAAUGGGAGAAUCGAACGCUGUGGUUGCCCGUGAGAAGGCCGCAAUCCAGAGAGAUGUUUUGCUCGCCGCCGAAGGUAUCUAUCGAGAACUCCAUGGAAACGAGGACGGAACGCUGCCGGCGACGUUCCGGUUAAUAUACAUGAUUGGAUGGAAACCGAGCCCCAGUCAAGCCAAGCCAUUAGAGCGAGGGAGUGGCCUAUUCAGCAUUAAGGAUUUCUUAGAGAACAAGAAGAAGAGUGACGACGAAGGAAAGAAAUGAGAGGCAAAUAUGACCUUUACAAGGUAUUUGGUGGCAUCUUGAGCCCAAUCAACCU